AUGGCCUUCACAGACCUGCUGGACGCCCUGGGCGGUGUGGGCCGCUUCCAGCUUGUCUACACAGCCCUGCUGCUGCUGCCCUGCAGCCUGCUGGCCUGCCACAACUUCCUGCAGAACUUCACAGCCGCUGUGCCUCACCACCACUGCCAGGGCUCCGACAACCGCACUGAGGCCACCACCAACGACUCAGGGGCCUGGCUGAGGGCCACCAUACCCCUGGACCAGCUUGGGGCCCCCGAGCCAUGUCGACGCUUCACAGAGCCUCAAUGGGCCCUCCUGAGCCCCAACACCUCUGUCCAUGGGGUGGCCACAGAGGGCUGCAAGGAUGGCUGGGUCUAUGACCGCAGCGUUUUCCCAUCCACCAUCGUGAUGGAGUGGGAUCUGGUCUGUGAGGCCCGCACCUUCCGCGAUCUGGCUCAGUCCAUCUACAUGGCCGGGGUGCUGGUGGGGGCCGCCGUGUUUGGCAGCCUGGCGGACAGGCUGGGCCGCAAGGCCCCCCUGGUCUGGUCAUACCUGCAGCUGGCUGUUUCGGGGGCUGCCGCGGCAUAUUUCGGCUCCUUCAGUGUCUACUGUGUCUUCCGGUUCCUGAUGGGCAUGACCUUCUCCGGCAUCAUCCUCAACUCCCUCUCGCUGGUUGUGGAGUGGAUGCCCACCCAGGGCCGGACCGUGGCAGGUGUCUUGCUGGGGUACGCCUUCACCUUGGGCCAGCUCAUCCUGGCCGGCGUGGCAUACCUGAUCCGCCCCUGGCGGUGGCUGCAGUUAGCCGUCUCUGCUCCCUUCCUGAUCUUUUUCCUCUAUUCUUGGUGGCUGCCAGAGUCAUCCCGAUGGCUCCUCCUUCACGGCAAGUCCCAUUUAGCGGUGCGGAACUUACGAAAGGUGGCUGCAAUCAAUGGGAGAAAGGAGGAAGGGGAAAGGCUGACCAAAGAGGUGGUGAGCUCCUACAUCCACAGCGAGUUUGCAAGUGUCCGCACCUCUAACUCCAUCUUGGACCUCUUCCGAACCCCAGCCAUCCGCAAGGUCACCUGCUGUCUCAUGGUGGUCUGGUUCUCCAACUCCCUGGCUUACUACGGCCUGGCCAUGGACCUGCAGAAGUUUGGGCUCAGCAUAUACCUGGUGCAGGCUCUGUUUGGUAUCAUUGACAUCCCGGCCAUGCUGGUGGCCACUACUACCAUGAUUUAUGUGGGCCGCCGGGCCACCGUGGCCUCCUUCCUCAUCCUGGCCGGGCUCAUGGUGAUUGCCAACAUGUUUGUCCCUGAAGACAUGCAGACCCUGCGCACGGCCCAGGCGGCGUUGGGCAAGGGCUGCCUGGCCAGCUCCUUCAUCUGCGUGUACCUGUUCACGGGGGAGCUGUACCCCACGGAGAUCAGGCAGAUGGGGAUGGGCUUCGCCUCGGUCAGCGCCCGCCUCGGGGGCCUGGCGGCGCCCCUGGUCACCACACUCGGGGAGUUCAGCGCCGUCCUGCCAUCUGUGGGCUUCGGGGCCACCUCCAUCCUGGCCGGGCUGGCCGUCUGCUUCCUGGCCGAGACCCGCAAUGCACCCCUGGUGGAGACCAUCGCGGCGAUGGAGAGGAG